GUACCGGACUCACACUGCCGAGAGAACAUUAUUUGCAAGUGGCGGAUAGGACGGUGCGUGCGACUUUCCAUCUCUGUAUACGCGCGACCUCUGCCUUCUUGUGAAUCAUGGGCGUUCCAGCUUUUUUCCGUUGGUUGAGUCAGAAGUACCCUUCGAUAGUGACUCACUGUGUUGAGAAACGAGGUCCUAUUCUGGACAAUGAAGGCAACCGAGGUCCUGUAGAUACCACCCAGCCCAAUCCUAAUGGCGAGGAGUUCGACAACUUAUAUCUCGAUAUGAAUGGUAUCAUUCAUCCUUGCACUCACCCCGAAAACAAGGCUGCCCCGAAGAACGAAGCAGAGAUGUUCGUGGCCAUUUUCCAAUACAUUGAUCGCUUGUUCGCCAUAGUCCGACCACGUCGCAUUUUAUACAUGGCUGUCGAUGGAGUCGCUCCUCGUGCAAAAAUGAAUCAACAACGUUCGAGACGAUUUCGCGCUGCGAAAGAAGCUCGGGAAAAACAAAUGACCGUAGCUCGACUACGCCACGAGUUAGUUGCUAGGGGUGCUUAUUUACCCCCUGCCAAAGGCGAUUCGGAGCAUUUCGAUUCAAACUGUAUCACUCCUGGAACACCUUUUAUGGCCCGUUUGUCUGUGGCUUUACGCUACUACAUAUACGACAGAUUGAAUAGUGAUCCCGGUUGGAAGAACAUCCUGGUGUUUUUAAGUGAUGCCAACGUGCCGGGAGAGGGGGAGCACAAGAUCAUGGACUUCAUCCGUCGCCAGCGCAGUUCUCCAGACCACGACGCUAACACACGACACUGUUUAUGCGGUGCUGACGCUGACCUCAUUAUGUUGGGCUUGGCUACGCACGAACCCUAUUUUACAAUCAUUCGGGAGGAGUUCAAGCCGAAUCAGCCCAAGCCUUGUGAAUUAUGUGGCCAAUUGGGACAUGAAAUGGAGGAUUGCGUUGGAGCACCAAAGGAAGAAGACCCCGAUGAUGGACCCCCUCCGAUUGUUGGAGCUGAGCCAGAGUUCAUCUUCAUACGUCUCAACGUGCUUCGUGAGUAUCUCAAUCAAGACCUGAAGUUAACGGGACUGUCCUUCGAAUGGGAUUUAGAGCGUGUGAUUGAUGAUUGGGUGUUUAUGUGUUUCUUCGUCGGAAAUGACUUUCUUCCUCAUCUGCCCAGCUUAGAAAUCCGUGAAGGCGCUAUUGAUCGCCUGAUUGAGUUAUAUAAAUCCGCAGUUCGCACUACAGGUGGCUGGCUCACUGAUAGUGGGAAAGUGCAUAUGCAACGCGUUCAGCUGAUCUUGGUGGAACUGGGCAAGAUGGAGGAUGAGAUCUUCAAAAGCAGACGCAAAUCUGAGGUGAAUUUUCGAAAACGCAAACGAUCCAGCUCGUCCCGUGAGCCUAGUCAAAGUCCGCAACGGAUGGAUCGCCAGGCCCAAUGGCAUGCGGCUCCAGAUUCGGGUAUUCUGAAGCCUGUAGCGCUGCGUUCACCUUAUGGGGUUGCGCAUCCCCAGGGCCGUUUCCAAGGUGCCAAUGUGACUGCCGGACAGAUGCACCAGGCUAGGCAAUUUCGCAUGCAUAGUCCAUCUAAUGUGGACUGGGUGGAUCGGAACUUGAACAAUUUGGAGGCUGCUACGGCAAUGAAAGCAAUGCUCAAACCUCGUCGAUCAGGCGAAAAAAGCGCACCUGGUGGCCCCGUGAGUUCGUCUCCGAACGGCCUGCCCUACGAUGCGGUCCAUGAUGACGGCCCCUCUUCACCUCGUAAAGCACGAUUGGAUGUUACCCACAAAAAGGGCCGUUUAGGCGGUGUCGGUGCUGACGAGUUAAAGAAAAAAUUACCGAAAGACGUGGAAUACGAUGAGGAUGAUCUAGCCGAUGCUAACGAUGAGGUGCGGCUCUGGGAAGAUGGUUGGCGCUCACGUUAUUAUCAAUCAAAAUUUGGAGUGGAUCCGGCCGAUGCACCUUUAUUUUGCAUUGAAGUUGGCAAAGAGUAUGCACGUGGGUUAUGUUGGGUACUGGCGUAUUACUAUCAAGGAUGUGCAUCUUGGGACUGGUACUAUCCUUAUCAUUACGCUCCUUUUGCCAGUGAUUUUGUUGGUAUUAGUGAUCUAGAUCCUGGUUUUUCCGAGGUAAAGACUCAGCCAUUUCGACCACUGGAACAACUGAUGGCUGUUUUUCCUGCCGACUCACGCGAUCAUGUACCUCCAGCUUGGCAGGAUCUGAUGACAGAUCCAGACUCGCCAAUUAUCGAUUUUUACCCUACCGAUUUCAAGGUUGAUCUGAACGGGAAGCGCUAUCUGUGGAUGGGUGUUGCAUUGCUGCCAUUUGUCGAUGAGACACGCCUUUUAAAAGUGUUGGAUUCCAGGCGACACUUGCUCACAGAAGAAGAGUUGGAACGCAACAUUCGUGGUCCUGAUCGCCUGUUUUGCCGGGCUGACCACCCCCUCUCUCCGUUGCUGGAAUCAUUGUACAAGAAGGGGAAGACACACGUUGCAAACGACGACAAGCUGGUUCAACUUUCAACUACGGUUGUUGACCCUCGGCUUACAAAAGGUGUUAGCGGUCAGGUUUGGCCAGAUUACAAAUUCGCCUACUUGCCUGGAGAACGCGUCCCAAGCGGAGUACCAUCAUUACUGCCUGACUUGAGAGUUUCCCAAGCGAUCUCAGUUUGCUUUUCGGAUCCCCAGUAUCCAGACGGUUUCGUUUUCCGGGCGCAGCUACUCAAGUCGGUAACACUCCCUCCUCCCACUCAUUUGCAACCACCCCAGCGUGGCCGUGGUAGGGGCUCUGGUCCUCACGGGGGUCGUGGAUCGCUUUGUCGUUUUUACAGUGAUACCGCGCUACAAUAUUGCGGACGUGAUCCUUCUCCUGAUGUACGUGGGGCCGAUCGCAGAACAUCGUCCGCAAUGGAGCGAAUAAUCCGACAAUCGCUUCCUCGACAUGAUCAACCAUCUUCAUAUUCCUCUCCUUCUUCGGGCCAGCUUGGUUCUUACUCUUCAUCUAAUCGAGGUGUCUCUUCGUCCAGAGAUGUUCAUUAUUCGCCCCAGCAGCGUUAUGCUAACCCUGGAUUUUCCAGAUCCCCUGCUGACUUUUCCAACCCUUAUCCUCAUGGGCAGUACAGACCGGUCCAACCGAGUCGCUACCAGCAACCUGGAUAUCGCGCUCCUUUCCGGCCAGCCUGGAGGCAACCUCAGGGUCGUCGAUAA